CUGCCAAAUUCAAAAUGUUAGUCCGUUACUGAGGCACGUUAAAGUAUCAUCAACUGUUGUUGGACACAGUGAAUUUGUUGUCAUAUUUUACUGCUAUUUGCUUAAUUAAUAAUUGUUACAAUAAAUCAGAAAGUGAAUAUUCCAACAGUGAAGAGGAUAGAUAGUGAAGUCGAAGCUGAAUAUAUCGUGAUUGUUGCUGUAAUAUUAUUUAUAACCCCUCCUGGAGCGAUGAUAAAUAAAUAAAACGACCUCCACUCCGAGUUUACCCCCAGGAAAAUUGUGUACCACCUUCGAUUUACUGUGAUCUAUUGUGAUAGAGAUCUCGAGGGCAGCUCGAGCUUGUUGAAGAUGCAAAAAAUGCUGAAUAUGGAGGGAAAAAGUGGGAUGCUCAAUCACGUACCCUUGCAGCAUCAAAAUGGAGUUGCUGAGACUAUUGCUCUCAUGCAGGAGCACAUUGAGUGCACCAAUGGCAGAUACCGAUGGAGUUAUGAUGAUUUCGAGCUGGGGGCACCCCUGGGCAGAGGAAAGUUUGGGAGGGUCUUCCUCGCUAGGGAAAAGCGAACUCACUACAUGGUGGCACUGAAAACUCUGUACAAGAAGGAGCUCAUCCAGGGACGUGUUGAGAAACAAGCACUACGUGAGAUAGAAAUUCAAUCACACUUGAGACAUCCUCACAUUCUCCAAUUGUUAACGUACUUUCACGAUGACAAGAAAAUUUUCCUGGUUCUUGAAUUCGCUGCUAGGGGAGAGCUUUACAAGGAACUCAAGAGACAACCUGGGGAGCGAUUCAACCAGCAUUUAGCUGCCAAAUACACGUACCAAGUGGCUGACGCCCUCGAUUACUGUCACAAAAACAACGUCAUCCACAGAGACAUCAAACCCGAGAAUUUGUUGCUGGAUUCAAAUGGAAACAUCAAACUUGCAGACUUCGGAUGGUCUGUGCAUGCCCCAUCAUCAAAACGAACCACGUUGUGUGGAACCCUGGAUUAUCUACCUCCUGAGAUGAUACAAGGUCAGACGUACAGUAUCUACGUCGACCAUUGGUGUUUGGGAAUUUUGUGCUACGAAUUCCUGGUUGGUAAGCCUCCAUUCCUGAGCGAAUCUCAACAAGAGACUUAUACAAAAAUCAAGACUGUCAAUAUUCACUGGCCACACUAUGUGACUCCUGGUGCUAAAGACCUCAUUUCAAAGCUGAUCAAGAAGCAGAGCAAAGAUAGAAUUUCGUUAUCAAACGUGAAAAAGCACUUCUGGAUUCUCGAGUACAAAGAUAAAUCGACGUGAUUUCAAAAAUUGUCAUUUAUUAUCUAGACUCCAAUAUUUUUUUAAUAC